AUGGUUAACGGCAGCAGACAUUAUGGGAUAUACGACAGCGAGACGACAGGUGCCCAGGUGCAGGUGGCAGGUGACCUCCUCCCGAACUCCACAGAGAGAGAAGUGACGAUAUCAGGGAGCCAGGACUCCAUCAUCCAGUGUGUUAAGCUCAUCUGCACUGUCAUCCUCGAGUCUCCACCGAAGGGAGCGACUAUUCCAUACCGACCCAGCCCGACCCCGGGAACUGUGCUGCUGGCAGGAAACCAGGUGUUCGAGGCUUCAGACUUCGGCUCUCAUCCCUUGUUCUCAGUGGCACAGGGAGGAGUGGACCUGCAGCAAGUGAGUACGGCCGCCUGGGGGGAAAGGGUCAAGGGUCAAAGGUCACUUCAUCACUCUCUGUUUAUUAAUCUGCUGACAUGUUGUAUUGACCCAGGCUGUAAAAGAUAUAAAACAAUGUAA